AUGUUUGUUGCUGCACGCCGUAUCAUCUUGACUCAAGCCCCAAGACAAUCUCUCGCUGUCAGAGCCAUCUCCACCGACGCAACCAAAGAAGCUUAUUUGGAGCAUAUUGAAGGCGGUAUCUCCAUUUUAAAAUUGAAUCGCCCUUCAUCCAGAAAUGCGUUGUCAGUAAAUCUGCUGACUGAAUUCAGACAAGCUUUGGCAGAUGUUAGGUUCUCUGGUGAGUCUCGCGUAUUGAUCAUUCAAAGUGCUGUGCCUGGUGCAUUUUGCUCUGGUGCUGAUCUGAAGGAACGUGCUACUAUGAGCCCAUCUCAAGUGACCCAAUUCUUGUACUCAUUGAGAAAGGCUUACAGAGAGUUGGAGACUCUCCCCAUUCCUACCAUUGCUGCUAUCGAUGGUCCUGCAUUUGGUGGCGGUUUGGAGAUGGCAUUGUCCUGUGAUCUUCGUGUUGCUGGGCCAACUGCUAAAAUGGGCUUGACCGAGACCAAAUUAGCCAUCAUUCCAGGUGCAGGAGGAACCCAAAGAUUGCCCAGACUCAUCGGUAUUCCCAAGGCAAAGGAGUUGAUCUUUACAGGUGAAAUUAUGGAUGCUCAAAAGGCAAAGGAGUAUGGUGUUGUAAAUCAUGCCGCAGAAGACAGUGCUAUCGAGAAGUCACUCGAGAUUGCAAGAUCCAUUUUGCCUCAAGGCCCUGUUGCUAUUCGUAUGGCUAAAUUGGCUAUUGAUAGAGGCGCACAUUUAGACAUGGACUCUGGAUUGGAAAUCGAGCAAUCAUACUAUGCUCAAGUCAUUCCUACGCAGGACAGAUUAGAAGGUCUCAAAGCAUUCAAGGAGAAGAGAAAGCCAGUUUACAAGGGCUGUUAA